GGACUGGUGUCACUUUGUCGAGUAUAACACCGCCGUUCAGGGUUCUCGUUCUGCGCGAGAAUUAACGUCAUUCGAUUGUCCGCGUUUUCCGUCCAACCAUCGGCCAAUCAAACACAGCUAAUAAAAUGCCAAGCAGAUUUGCCGACGUAAAACUAGGACCUCCUAUCGAAGUCUUUGCCCUUUCGAAGGCCUUUCAGAACGACCCGCAUGAACCCAAAGUGAAUUUGACUGUUGGCGCAUAUCGUACCAACGAAGGUAAGCCUUGGGUACUGCCGGUUGUUCGUCAAGUUGAGAGCAAGUUGGCUACCGAUGAGACCCAGAACCACGAGUAUUUGCCUGUGUUGGGAUUGGAUUCAUUUAGCCAGGCUGCGACUAGAAUUCUUCUGGGGCCAGAUUCUGCACCUUUUCUGGAAGGCCGUGCUUUCGGAGUCCAAACGCUUUCUGGAACAGGGGCCUUGCGCUUAGCAGCUGAAUUCCUUUCCCGAAUUCUCCAUUUGGACACAUUUUACUGCAGCAAGCCAACUUGGGAAAACCACAAAUUGGUAUUUUCCAAUGGCGGCUUCAAGAACAUACGCGAAUAUCGCUACUGGGAUCCGGUAACACGAGGUGUAGACAUCGAGGGUCUGCUCACUGACUUGAAAGAUGCUCCGGAAAAUGCUGUCGUCAUUUUACACGCCUGUGCUCACAACCCGACUGGUUGUGACCCAACUCCGGGCGAAUGGCGGCGCAUUGCCGACGUCGUUGAGGAGAGAAAACUGUUCCCAGUUUUUGACUGUGCAUAUCAGGGCUUUGCCAGUGGUGAUUUGGAGCGUGACGCGGCUGCUGUAAAAAUCUUUGUCGACCGAGGUAUGGAGCUUAUAUGCACGCAGAGUUUCGCUAAAAACUUUGGCCUUUACAAUGAGAGAGUUGGAAACUUGGUUGUUGUCAUGUCAAGCAUGAAAGAAGUCGUUGAGGUAAAGUCUCAGCUGACUCUUAUCGUCCGAGGAAUGUACAGCAACCCGCCAAACCAUGGUGCACGUGUCGUUGGGACUGUGCUCAAUGACCCAGACCUCUUCGAGCAAUGGAAAGCCCACAUUCGCUUGAUGUCAGGAAGAAUAAAGGACAUGCGAACAGGGCUAUACGAGAGAUUGCAGAGAUUGGGAACCCCCGGAACUUGGGAACACAUCAUAAAGCAGAUUGGAAUGUUUUCGUACACUGGAUUGAAUGAACGGCAAGUUGAGCACAUUAUGGACCACUAUCAUAUUUACUUGUUGCGCAGCGGACGGAUUAACAUGUGCGGACUUAACGAGAAUAACCUGGAUUAUGUAGCAAAGGCUAUACACGAUACUGUGCUACGAUUCCCUACGGCGUAAGAAACCAGAUAUUGAUCAUUGAAAACAUUUACUCCUUCACUUACCUACACGCUCAAAGAUUAUAUGGAGAAAUUUCAAAACGUUUGACAUUGCAAAUUAAAAUAUCUAAUUGAUAGACGCAACAGGGAUACAGAUGUAAAGUACUCUUGAACUCAUUUAUUACAUACGCAUGGAAAGGGGAGAAAAAAGAACUCAAAAUAUGCAACUCUAAGAUCGGUAAGAUUUUUCACUUGAUAAAACUCAUCAUCCACAAUUUAGUACAAACCAUCGAGGUGUUCAGAAUUAGUUUGCAACGAAUUUGGUAUGAAUUUUUCUACUCUUACUAUAAAGAUAAUUAUCUGAAGGGUAUGUUUGACGAAAAAUUUCAUUCAUAUCUGGUAACAUAUUUGAAUAGUGCAAAACCCAGCCUCACUUCGUGUUGAAGGAAAAUUUUUAAGGACAACUAUUAGACAUAGAUUUAGGUAAAAUAUGUAUUUUCUACCUCUGUCGCAUUUUUACCUGGAUAAAAGAGAAACAAGAAGAUAGCUCCAUAGAUUUAAAACACCAACCAAAAAUUGUGUCUAUAUUUAAUUGUUGCAUUUAAUUAUUAUACCUCACAAUUUCGUAAUUAAUAUUUUCUCGCAAUCUUACUAUCAGGUGAUACAAAGAACAGAAAAAAGUGAUUAAAAUGCUUUACAAACGUUAUUUGAAAAUAAUGUAUUAUUCUGUUCGACAACGAACUGUAGACUGUAGAUAACAAUUACAGAUCAUGAAUUAGAUGCGGCUAAUAACAUAAAUAUAUCUACAUAGAAUAAAUAAAGUCUAUAUAUUACAUAUAUAUUUAUAAACUAAGCCCGAAAAUAAAUAACUUCAAAUCGA